AUGACUACACCAGGAGAUUGUACCUGCCAAACCAAUUGCGCCUCUUGUGGCCCUGCGGGCGUUGGCUGCACAUGCGAAAAGGACCACUGCAAUUGCGCAGACUGUCCUAAGAAGGCCCAUACCGCUCAGUGCCAUUGCCAAACUGGAGCGGGAGACAGUUGCGGGUGCUUGACAAGCAACAAGCCUUGCAACUGCUCGUAG